GGGAGACGCGGACGUCGCUCUUCCAAGAUGGCGGCGCGUCCGUCGCGAGCGGCCCGUCCGGGGGGAAGCCAGCGGAGCCGAGUCCAGCCGCCGCCCGGGACGGGACUGAAGCAGCAGUUGCCGCCGUUGGCGGCGACCCGGGUCGUUUCCGCUGCUGCGACGGCUGCUGCCAUGCGGCGAGGUUAGGGAGGACCUCACUCCCCCGGGGUGGAAUGAUGUUAACAGAGGCCAGUCUAUCCAUAUGGGGAUGGGGAAGCCUCGGCAUUGUCCUUUUUCUAGUGACCUUUGGACCCUUUGUGAUAUUUUAUUUGGCAUUUUAUAUCCUCUGCUUUGUGGGAGGGGGUGUAGUGGUCACUCUCCUGUACGGGAAGACAAACUCAGAGAGGCACCUGGAGCUGUGUGAGCACUCCUUCCUCCCUGCAGCACCGCCCGGGGUCCCGAAGUGCUUAGAAGAAAUGAAACGGGAAGCCAGGACUAUUAAGAUCGAUAGAAGACUGACAGGUGCCAAUAUAAUUGAUGAACCUCUCCAGCAAGUUAUCCAGUUUUCGUUGAGGGAUUAUGUCCAGUACUGGUAUUACACACUGAGUGACGAUGAGUCGUUUCUUCUUGAGAUUAGGCAGACUCUUCAGAAUGCACUCAUUCAGUUUGCUACUAGGUCAAAAGAAAUAGACUGGCAGCCGUAUUUUACCACACGCAUUGUCGAUGACUUUGGCACUCACCUGCGAGUAUUCAGAAAGGCUCAGCAGAGAGCAACAGAGAAAGAGGAUCAGGUCAAAGGUACAGCAGAGGAGCUGGUGGAGGCCUUUUUUGAAGUUGAAGUUGAAAUGGAGAAGGAUGUCUGCCGGGACCUAGUGUGCACUUCUCCCAAAGAUGAAGAAGGAUUCCUAAGGGAUUUGUGUGAGGUUUUAUUAUAUUUAUUGCUACCUCCUGGAGAUUUCCAGAACAAGAUCAUGCGAUACUUUGUCAGGGAAAUCCUUGCACGAGGAAUUCUUCUUCCAUUAAUAAAUCAACUCAGUGAUCCUGAUUAUAUUAAUCAAUAUGUCAUAUGGAUGAUCCGUGAUUCAAAUUGCAACUAUGAGGCCUUUAUGAACAUUAUUAAACUAAGUGACAAUGUUGGAGAGUUAGAAGCAGUCAGAGAUAAGGCGGCAGAGGAACUGCAGUACCUUAGAUCUUUAGAUACAGCUGGUGACGAUAUUAACACUAUUAAAAAUCAAAUAAAUAGCUUAUUAUUUGUAAAGAAAGUAUGUGACUCAAGAAUACAGCGGUUACAGUCGGGCAAAGAAAUAAAUACUGUGAAGCUAGCAGCAAACUUUGGCAAACUUUGUACAGUCCCCCUGGACAGCAUUCUUGUAGACAAUGUUGCACUACAAUUUUUUAUGGAUUACAUGCAGCAAACUGGAGGUCAGGCACAUCUCUUCUUCUGGAUGACGGUGGAAGGUUACCGGGUCACAGCUCAGCAGCAGCUGGAGGUCUUCUCAAGUCAUCAGAGAGACGGGAGACAGCAGACCAACCAAACCAAAGGUCUGCUGAGAGCAGCUGCUGUUGGGAUCUAUGAACAGUAUUUGUCUGAGAAGGCAUCUCCAAGAGUUAUUGUUGAUGACUAUUUAGUAGCAAAAUUAGCAGAUACUUUGAAUCAUGAAGAUCCAACUCCAGAAAUCUUUGAUGACAUUCAAAGAAAGGUAUAUGAGUUGAUGCUACGGGAUGAAAGAUUUUAUCCUUCCUUCAGGCAGAAUGCACUCUAUGUGCGGAUGUUAGCUGAGCUUGACAUGUUAAAAGAUCCUAGUUUCAGAGGAUCAGACGAUGGGGAUGGAGAAUCUUUUAAUGGAUCUCCUACAGGAAGUAUAAAUUUGUCUUUGGAUGACCUUUCAAAUAUGUCCUCUGACGAUUCCGGCCAGCUUCAUGCCUACAUUUCCGACACUGUAUAUGCUGACUAUGACCCAUAUGCUGUGGCAGGCGUUUGUAAUGAUCAUGGCAAGACAUAUGCGCUGUACGCCAUCACUGUACACCGGCGCAACCUAAACACCGAGGAGAUGUGGAAAACCUACCGGCGUUACAGUGACUUCCAUGACUUCCACAUGAGAAUCACUGAGCAGUUUGAAAAUCUGUCGAGCAUUUUGAAACUCCCUGGUAAAAAGACCUUUAACAACAUGGACAGAGACUUUUUAGAAAAGAGGAAAAAAGAUUUAAAUGCCUAUUUACAGCUACUCUUAACUCCUGAGAUGAUGAAAGCAUCCCCAGCCUUGGCGCACUGUGUGUUUGAUUUCCUUGAGAACAAAGCCUACAGUAAAGGGAAAGGAGAUUUUGCUCGCAAGAUGGACACUUUUGUAAAUCCGCUUCGCAACUCUAUGAGGAAUGUUUCAAAUGCAGUCAAAUCCCUUCCUGAUAGCUUGGCAGAAGGAGUGACAAAAAUGUCCGACAAUGUAGGCAGAAUGUCUGAGAGGUUAGGGCAGGACAUAAAGCAGUCCUUCUUUAAGGUGCCUCCUUUAAUUACGAAGACUGAUUCAGAUCCUGAGCAUUGUCGAGUCUCAGCUCAGCUCGAUGAUAAUGUAGAUGACAAUAUUCCACUUCGGGUAAUGCUUCUUCUAAUGGAUGAAGUGUUUGAUUUAAAAGAGAGAAACCAGUGGUUGCGAAGGAAUAUCAAAAACUUACUGCAGCAGCUGAUUAGAGCUACAUAUGGGGACACCAUUAACAGAAAAAUAGUUGACCAUGUUGACUGGAUGACCUCACCCGAACAGGUAGCUGACUCGGUGAAGCGAUUCAGAGAUGCAUUUUGGCCCAAUGGCAUUUUAGCGGAAACUGUUCCAUGCAGAGAUAAAGCAAUCCGAAUGAGAACAAGAAUUGCAGGAAAAACAAAAUUGUUUGCAAUUAUGCCAGAUGAGCUGAAGCACAUCAUUGGAGCAGAGACCACACGGAAAGGUAUUCUUCGUGUCUUUGAAAUGUUUCAGCACAACCAGCUAAACAGGAGAAUGGUGUACGUCUUCUUAGAAGGCUUUUUAGAAACCCUAUUUCCACAGUAUAAAUUCCGGGAACUUUUCAACAAACUUCAUUCAAGGUCAAAGCAGAUGCAGAAAUAUAAACAGAAACUUCAAAGUACUCAAGCGCCUUCUUUACAGAAAAGGUGACGCUCCAGCCUGUAAGCCUGGUGUGUGUUUCUCCAGGACUAAUGGUGUGACUCGCGUACUGUUGCAUCUACACCAGUCUCUCCGUGUCUCCAAACACCCUAGUCCAUCCACAAGACUGGGCCUUCUCAUUCUCACCUGGAAUCCAGCCACUACCAAGAAAGAAUCCUGUGUCUUAAAUGAUUUGGUGCAUACUUUGCAACAUUGAGAGGAUACUGCCCCAUCUCAUUCAAGACUGGAGUUGGUCUCUUUUGUUCCAAACGAAUCAACAUUCUCCACCAGUGGUGAAGUGCCGGAGUGUUCUCAGGAGCUGCAGUGGUGAAGUGCCGGAGUGUUCUCAGGAGCUGGGGAAGCACAAGCAGUGGGUCCUAGGUCACCAGUGAGCCUGUUAACUGUGCACACUGCGGUGUGGCUGGAGAGGGCUGUGCCCCUCGGUGAUCUUGUGGGCCAUUGUCAGCAUCCUGCUAUCGUGGGUCAGCAGGUGAGCCAUCUCUAGAACAAUUGUUUCAAGGUCUGGGAAAAGUGACAGGACGCCCUUAGUGUAGGAAUAACCCUCCCCCAGAAUUACAGUUUGGUCGUGUGAAGUAAAGCGCUAUAAAAUAGAACCAAUCAAAACUAGAAUUUGAUUGGAUUUAUUCCUCAUUGGUAUAAAUCUCCGUUGAUUUUUAUGUGCUCUAAGGGCUCAGCUUGCUCUUAUGGUACUCCACUCUCUCCUUUUCCUUUGGCAUUCUGUGCAGAAGAAGCAUGUGGUAGCUCUCUUAUAAGUUCAAAUUUUUUAAAAAUCUUUUAACAGAUUACUGAUUAUAUAGAAGAGGAAUUAUUUAUUGUAAGAACUGCCAAAUUCAUUCUGUUCUUCAAAAAAUUGGGGAUUUAAACAGUACUCUAUUAAAAGGUACCAUAUGAUAACUUUAAUCAUAUGAUCUAGACAUGCCUUAGGUAACUACCGACAUAGCAAAUCAAAGGAUUAAUGAGCUUAUAGUCCUAUGUAAACAUACAAAUGCCUAAUUCUACUAUAUGUACAUAUAUGAAAAUAAAUAAUGAAAACAGAACUGUACUAUUUUUUAAAAUAUGCUUUUAUUUAUAUUUCGCAUAAUGUAAAAUUCUAAAUAAAGCUAGUACACAAAACCCUUUGGUGUGUACAUUUAACUCCCUAAUAUAAUUUUAUAUAUCAGUGAAGUAAAAUACCUUUUCCAGUUUUGAAGCCUUUACAUUUCUUGGUGUUCCCCAUUUAUCCAUUGAGAAGUCUUCAUAUCCCAUGUAUGCAGGAUUUCUGUACUUUUAAAUACUUCCCAUGACUAGGGGUUUGGGUUAUACAGCUCUUUUGUUUUACAAAUAUUUAACACUAAAACCUUAAAAUAGUGAAGCUACUUUUCAGACCACGAGCCAGUAUCCUGGUGUUAGAACGUUUGGGUGCUUACAGUAAAGGUCAGACAAAGUAUUGAUGUCCCAGUUAUUUGGGAGCUUUGAGAUUGGGACAGUAUACCCAUGUCUUGCUUUCACUUAGAUCCUUCUCACCCAGGAAAGCCUGCGAACAGAGGGGAGCCUUCCUGCAAAGCUCUGUGGUGUUCAUCAGCGCUGUUUUGCAUAUCUCUUAUGCAUAUAUUCAGAACGUGUUGCAUGUCUUUCAGAAUUGCAUAAGUAGAAUCCUUUUCUUGCAACUUUCAAGUAAGAGAAGAUCCUGUUUCUCUGGUGGGAGAACUGUUUCUUAUGCUCACCAUACGUCCUGCCCUUGCCCCUUCCUCUACCCCAGGCUUAAAUGGAUGUGUCAGACACACCCGUAGGGAGCCAGUGUGGCCACCAGCGCAGUGAUCUUCAUACAUGUCCCUGCCCGUUCCAAUUAUAUUUUUACAUGAAUAAAUCUUAGUAUAUACAGAAGGAUUCAUGCAAGAGCCUAGUGUGAACAUGUGAAAUGCAUUUCUAUGUAAAGUGAGAGAACUGACCAUUAACCAGGGGAAAAAAGGUCAUAUAAAAUGCACAUGCUCCUGAUAGCCCUACAAGACAACUGCAACCAUACCAAACAGAACAAAGUGAAAACACAACCAUUUGAGCAAGUAUUUUUAAGAUAAUUUUUUGAGAAGAGUUUAUAUUUCAGGAGCAGAAAUGUCAGAUGGUCGCGUGUCUGUUUGCCUGAGCUUUCCCGUGGAGAGACUGGCCAUGCCAUGGCUGCGGAUUACCUAUAGAGUGACUUGGUCCAGCUGUGUAUUUAACCCAGACGCCAAGUACAUUGUGCCACAUGUAAUAAAGUUGUUAUAUCUUGGGCAUUUAUUGCACAUAUGAGCAUACACGAAGAAGCUUUAUGUCUUCUCAUGUUGAGUUUUCUGAAUGCUUUCAAGUCAGUAGUGCCUUUAGGCAAGGACCUUCAAAAUUAAUCAUUCUUUUGGAUUUUCUGAUUUUUUUCAAGUAAUAUAUAACUACAUAGAAACCAUCACAGCUCGUUCGCCUAAAAUCUGAUUGUAUGACUUUAAAUGUAGCACUCAGAUGAGUAUUUCUUAUAAUUAGGGGUAUUCUAUAUAGUUCCUGGAAACAGUCAUGCCAUUGACCAAUGGAUGCACUUCGUUAGCCUUAAUUUAAAACAAAAAAUUCUUGAAUAUUUCAGUUUGAUCACUAUAAGAUUUUGCUGCAGAUUCUUGGGGAAAAAAUAAAUCAAACAGUUAAAUGUAACCUAAAAGUAUACCGAUUUAAAAAAAUUAAGAACAACCUAAAUUUCAUGAUCCACAGUUUUAAUUUUGUGCAAUAUUUUUAUUUGAUGCAUGUUUAUUUGAGUAAUUGUAAAAUAAGUACAUUUUUAAUGUUUUGAGAUCUAUAGUUCUGUCUUCUUAAUCCAACAACUUUAUUCUGUUGUUGCUGCACCUUAAUUAAGGACUUGUUUUAUAAGUCUUCUUGUCACUCCUUGUGAAGUUCUUUUAUCAGUAGAAAAUUCUGCUUAUGGGAGCAUGGCUCCUGUAUUAUAAGGGAAAACUAAAGAGCACAUCCUUGGGUUUGUUAGAAAAUGUCUUUGUGCAUAUCACUGUACAUACAUGUCGGCCGUGCCUACCUGCUCUGUCACUGCUCUCCUCCUCUAACAAGGGGGAAUCAUCAGAAUGUCAGUUAUUUUUAUUAACUAAAAAGAUUAAAAUUUUUAUUUGGUUUGUGUUAUGUUCUGUCCAUUAGAAAAUACUAAUAAAGUAUUAACAAACACUUUCA